GUUGGGCCACGUCCUGAAGAUUGGCGUGGCGCUCUUCCUCCUCCGCUGCAGGUUCUCGUGGCUCAUCAUAUACGUGUUCGGUGCGUUCCUCUACGUCGGCGGGCUCUUCAACGGGGUCGUCAACUGGUGGCAAGCCCCGGGCAACCAGCCUCGACAGCCGCUGGAGCAGGCGCUCAAUGAACUCAGGGCGCGCCAGCGCGCCGGAGAGCGAGACGCGGAGCGCGCCGCGGCGCGGGCGCGCGCGCUGGCCGCCGCGCGGGAGCUGGGCAUCGGCGCGGCGGACGGGGAGGACGGCGACGAGGGCGCCCCAGAUCGCCGAGGCGUCGACGCCGACGGCGCGCCCGCAGGCGGCGAAGCGGACGGCGCCGAGCAGCCGCAGGAGCAGCCCGCAGUCGCGGAGGAGGGCCCGCCCGUCCCUGGGUACGCGGCCCGGUUCUUCUACCAGUUGGUGGUGAUGUUCUUCAUGACCCUCCUGCCGUGGUUCAAGCCCGACCCGCGGUACCUCGUCUGA